AUGGGUAGACAACAAUACCUGACACGCCUGGCCCUUGGUCGUUCUGCGUUCGAAGAUCCCGAUACCACACAGAUUCCAGGAGGUGAUCUCAAUCCUCAAAAUGCUCAAAUUGAAAGAGACCAUUCACAUUUUCCUCGUCAAGAUUACGAACAGCUCUACGACUCCAAAGGAAGACCCCUCAACCCGGCCAUAGAGCGAUUCAAUGCGGGAAUGCGGACAGCUCAGAACGAUGUGCUAGCUCUCGUUGGGGUGGUGGAGAGGAAGGAUCAGAACUAUCUGGCGGACGAGAGGAGGCGCUAUGCCGCGCGGCUUUCUCGGAAGGCCUUGCUGUGCGAGGAACACGACACGGGAGAAACUCUGGAUUGGGCUACUUCACUUGCGAGAUUCAUCGCGAGACUUUGGACGGAAUCUUUCAUUCAGCGCAUUCAGGUUGGGCUGUAUGACCCAAGGCUCUCCAUGUCUGAGAUCUUGUUGCAAGAAUGGCGAUCGCUCCGAACAGGAAACGUGAGGCUCACUCUGGCCAUGCUGUUCCCAAGUCUGGGAAACGCCACGGUGAACAUGCUGGUCAAGUUUCCGCUGAUAUUUGCGGUGGAGCAGAUCACUGGCCGGUUGCAGGCUCUCAUUCAGAAAAGGCGUCUUUCCCGCGUGGCGCUGAAGAGAAUGGAUCUGGCGUUCACUUUCGCGAUUGAAGUAAUACUUCUCGCGAUCGAUGCAGCGCUCUUGCCAAUGGACUACUACGCCACCGCUCAGCGAUUGGGUCUGGCUCCCGCUCUACCGCUGUUUCCGCCUCUGCAGUCUUUCUGGCCUUGGAAUCACAGCUCCUUUCAUCAAUUCGGUUGGAAGCUCCUCACUGGUCCCAACCUGCUCAGCUCGCUCACCUCACCAGCCGCUCUCUUGCUUCUGGCCAGGCUUCUUAUCGUUGGCUCCGAUGAAGAUGAGGAUGCACCAGUCCUCAGGCUUCUCACGCCUUUCCGAUACCAAGCAAUAAACGACAGUACUAUACCUCCGAUUCCGAGCCCUCGGCUCACCAUUGAUCCAGUCGGCUGGGUCGCAUACCAAACCAUGAAGAUACGCCAUCGCUUCCUCCAAUACUGCAAUUGGAAUCUCAUGAAGCGAAAUGUCACCCCACGACACGACGACUACGAGAACAACAUGCUCCCCUUGCAACCCGAUCAAACUGAAUUCUCCACCUGGCGCUCUACGGACUUGACGCACCUUGUCCCAAGAGCACUCAACGAGAUGAUCAAGAGUCUUUUCCACCGCAUUCUGACUCUGCCCUUCGACAGCCUCAUGUUACGCAGCGUGGCAAUCACCUAUGUCACUUCGGCGUUCACGCCCAAGACUUCCGCUGCUGUAUCGGCUGCAUCGCAUCUCUACAUGCCGUUUGGCGGCGGCCCGAUCUCUCAGGUCAUUCAUGCUCCCACCUCGGCCACGGCUUGGAACGCGGCAGGUUCAUACUUCAAUCGCAUGGGUCUGGCUCUUGCUCUGCACACGUCGGUAAACACGAUUCUUUUCUUCGGAACAUAUGGUCUGACGCGAUACGUGGGAAGGACUCACUAUGAUUGGAAAGGGAUGGACGGGAAAGCCCCAGGCGAAGAAAGCUUUCUGCGAUAG